CUUCGUUGUGAUUGGUCUGCUAUCACUCUCUGAUAUUUACUGCUCACUGGUGUGGUACGUGCACUGUCCAGAGCUCUCAGAAAACCAACAAACUUCUUUCUUAUAAGGGUUGCUGACAACUGGAUUAAUUUUGUACUUAUAAUAUAGUUUUUUUCCGGAAUACAAAAUGACAAUAAGAUCGGACCGAGACCAUGGACAACAUUAUAGGCCACGGAUGACCUGCCUUAAAAAGCUGGAGGCCAUGGUGGUUCAAAUGCAAGACCCAUCAACUGGUGUGAAGGGAUCAGAUCAGAAGCUAAACGUUACUACCAUUCCUCAUGUCAUGACGGACCAGGACAUUAUUGCAUGGAUCGCUAAACAUAUGAGCAUGGAGAAUAAUGAGGCUCAAGCAUUUGGCACAAUGUUAGUGGCAUAUGGAUACAUCUAUCCUCUGCAGGACCACAAAAAGCUCGUCCUUAAAUCAGACGGCAGUUUGUAUCGCUUUCAGACCCCCUAUUUCUGGCCUGUGCAGAAGUGGGCCGCUGAGGACAUUGACUAUGCAAUCUAUCUGGCAAAAAGAAAUAUUAGAAAAAAAGGAGCGCUUGAUGCUCAUGAACAGGAGGAAUACGACAAACUCCACAAAUGGAUGAACCACAAAUGGGAUUUUAUUGUGAUGCAAGCUAAAGAGCAGUACCAUGCUGGGAAGGCACGUCCGAAAGCAGACAGAGUUGUGUUUGACUGUCAGGAAAGAGCAUACUGGAUAGUCCACAGGCCUCCACCACAAACUCACAGCGCAAUGGAUUAUGGCCUGGAUCGUCAUAUUGAUCCUAAUACAGAGGAGAAAAAAACCUUUGAUUACUACAGAAGAAUCAACAUCUACACACAACAGGCCAUCAUGAGGUCAAGGGUCAAGUCUUCAGUGUCUCUCGGAGCCAUGCUAAAGUAUAUAACAAACUUCAAUAACCAUGACCCGUUCCUGGUUCCCUGCCUUCCUAGCAAUCCCUGGCUGACAGAUAAUGACGCGUACUGGGAGCUGAACACAGACGAUAUUGAAGUCCCCACAAAGAUGAGAGUGGAGCGCUGGUCUUUCAGCUUCUACGAGCUGCUCAAUGACCCACGAGGCCGUGCAGACUUCAAGGUCUUCCUGAAAAAAGAAUUCAGCGGUGAGAAUUUAGCUUUCUGGGAAGCUGCUGAGGAGUUAAAAUUUGGCUCAGCAGCUACAAUGUCAGAAAAAGCUGAACAAGUUUUCAAAACGUUUUUGGCCCCAGGAGCUCCACGCUGGAUCAACAUUGACGGCAGGACAAUGGGUCUUACAGUAAAGGGACUGGAGCAUCCUCACCGCUAUGUGCUGGAGGCGGCACAGACUCACAUCUUCAUGCUCAUGAAGAAGGAUACCUUUUAUCGCUACUUGAAGUCACCAGUUUAUAAGGACAUACAGAAAAAGGCCAUUUCACCUGCACCACACAACUUCACUGAAGCGCAGCUGGAGCAGAACAUGAGGAACCGACGGCCGAGCAUCAGCCCCAUCAUCACCUACCAGAAGGAGCAGGAGGAGAAAGCAAAGGCCGCGGCCGCAGCAGGACCCGUCGACAUCAAAAAACUGAUGGCCAGCAAACUAGACCGCAAAUAGGAGACUCGCUGCAAAUACUACACCUACAAUCUGACGGAUAACAAUAUUUUUUAAAAGUUACCCAGAAAUGGUUUAACAGGAUAGUUUGCCAUAUUUGGUCAUCUAGUCCGAUUUUUUUUCAAUCUUACGUCAUUACAAAACUGUACAAGUUUCUGUUUUCUGUCGAACAAAGUAGAAGAUAUUAUGAAGAAUGUUGCAAACCUGUAACCAUUAACAGUAGAAAAAACAAACACUCUAUAUGUCAAUGGCUAUCGGUUUCCAGCAUUCUUUCAAAUUUAAAUAUACGUGUUCAACAGAAUGAAGAAACUCAGUUAGGUCUGGAAAAACAGACAGUCAGUAAAUAAAGACUCUGUGGUGCUCCGCAUGUACAGGUCCAGUGUAAAGUCUCAUAUAAUAGAGCUAUACACUAAAUCCAUACCAAGAAGAUAUAAAAUAACUGACAGCUUUGUAUAUAUACACGAGUGCUAAAUAGCUAAUUCCUAUAAUUAUGUCCAAAGUAUAUUUUUGUAGUUGGCUAAAUUACACAUUUAUUUUCAUGCACUGAUUCUGUUCAACACACACACACACACACACACACACACACACACACACAC